CACACACACACAUUUGGCGUCUGAUCACGGAUCGCCACUGUUUCCUAUCUUGUAUUCUUGUGUACGAUCGACGACGACGCCUCGUGCAGACCUGCACAAACUGAAGCAAAAAAAUGACUGUUCCCACCGCAUCCCUUCCAUUGCCUCCUGGCCCCGUCGGGCUCCCUCUCGUCGGGAGCGCCCUCCACUUCAUCGGGCCCUUCGGCCGCAGCCCGCACGCGGUGCUCACCCGCCUCGCCGGGACCUACGGCCCCAUCGUCUCCUUCCGCCCGGGCACCGCCGGAGACUUCGUGGCCGUGUCGUCCCCGGCCGCGGCGCGGGAGGCCCUCGUCGACAACGACGCGGCGCUGGCGGCGCGGUUCGUGCCCGACGUGGCGCGCGCACGGGCGCACAGCUCCGAGUCCCUCCUCUUCCUCCCGAGCUCCAGCGACCUGUGGCGGCAGCACCGCGCCGCGGUCGGCGCCCACCUCUCCGCCGGCCGGGGCCUCCUCGACGGGGCUCGGCGCGUCAGGGACCGCCACGCCCGAGGCCUCGCCGCGCGCGUGAGGGCGCGCUCCGGCGCGCCGGUGAAGGUCGGGGAGGCGGUGCUCGGCGCCGUGCUCGACGUCGUGUCCGGCACCCUCUUCUCCGAGGACGUGGUGGGCGCGCGCGUCCGGGGCGACCACGGCCAGCCGUUCGAGGACCUCGUGGCGGCGGUGCUCGCGGACUGGACCAGACCCAACGUCUCCGACGCGUUCCCCUUCCUCGCGCCGCUGGACCUUCUCGGCGCGCGCCGCCGCGUGUCUAGAGGUCUGACCACGCUGUACGAGUUCCUCGACGACGAGUUCAUUGAACGUCGGUUAGCCGGCGGCGUGAACCGCAGCCGCGGAGACUUGCUGGACGCAGUCCUCGCGCGUCACGCCAAGGCAGAGCUCACGCGAUCAGAGAUGACCAAGUUCUUCACAGAUAUCUUUCUUGCCACGAGCAACACAAGCAGGAUCACCGUGGAAUGGGCUAUGGCGCUGCUGUUCAAGCACCGGGACAAGAUGGAGAAGGUGCAGGCCGAGCUCGCGGCGAGCCUGGGGUCCAAGGACUUCGUCGAGGAGCUCGACCUGGACGAGCUCCCCUACCUCCGUGCCGUGGUGAAGGAGACCCUGCGGCUGCAGCCGCCGGCGCCGCUGCUGCCCCGGAUGGUGGUCGCGGACGGCGUGUCGCUAGGCGGGUUCUCCGUGCCGAUGGGCACCUGCGUCCUCGUCAACCUCUGGGCCAUCGGGAGGGACCCGACGGCGUGGCCUCGGCCUGAAGAGUUCGUGCCGGAAAGGUUCCUCGGCGACGAAGCGGCGGACUUCCGGGGCAGCAUGGACUUCGCCUACAGGCCAUUUGGGGCCGGGCGAAGGAUGUGCCCCGGGUUGGACUUCGCCACACGGCUGGUGCCACUGCUGCUGGCCUCGAUCCUGCACAAGGUCGAGUGGAGGCUGCCGGACGGGAUGGCGCCUGAGGACGUGGACCUCAAAGAUCGCUACAGUAUGGUGCUCGAGCUCGCCGAGCCCCUCCGUGCCGUGCCGGUGGUGUCCACGCCAUGACGUGCUAGCUGCUCGAUCGGCACCCUGACACAACUUUAUAACCCUAUAAGUGAUGUAGUAAUAUAAUCCUAUCUUAAAAACAGGCACAAGAAAAUAAGCAAGCGUUUAAUUAAGUGAACUUUAAUUUGUGUGUUAAUUAUUUUCCAUUACCAUAUAUACGUUGAUUAUUGAAUAAGUUAUCAGGAAUUCAGGCAUGGCAUUGGUGAUCUGCUGAUUGAAUAAUCGGUUAGAAAGGUAGAAAUGGGAUGAUGGCAACCAACCUCCACGUUUAGUCCCAUUCUGCUACAUACUUUUUCUUGUACGAAUGCUGAAAUACGGAUGCUAUUCAUAAUUCAUGUCAAGUGAUUUAAUUUUCAUG